AUGGCUUUGGGCAAUUUCACACCCCAGGGGUCUACCUUUAAACCUCGGAAGCUCACCCUUUUGGAUAAGCGGUCGGUCAAACGCUAUCUUCAACUGGUUCACUGGGGAUACGAGGAGUAUGGCAUCCCGUCCCGUCUCACCAAGCUCAAUCAGCGCAUUGAAUCCAAUGGACGACAAAUGUCACCCUCACUGGCACGCAAAUAUAACUGCCUUCACCGGCAGAUGUAUGUGAUACGGCGGCAGGCUGAAGACAAUUGUUGCACUACCUCCUCUGGCAAGGUUCCUUGGUCUCCCAAAUUGCAGGGCUUCUGGGAUCGGUUGAGUCUCUGGAAGCUACUCCUAAAAGGAUGCAAGCGAUGUCAUGUGAGCUCCGGAAAGGUCCGGCGCCUGAUGAAGAAGACAAGGCUGUGCACUGUGUGGAAGAAGACAACUGCCGAACUGGACGUGGCAUUGGCAGCUGAACGAAGGGCAUACAAGCAAGCCAAACGUCAGGCAACCCAAUUGAGACGGGACUUUCUUACGGUGCAGACAACGGAUGCAAAGAAGAAGAAAUGGAAAUCUCAGAAGGCCCACGAUAGAUUCCUUUGGUUACGACGAAUGAAACAACGAGAGGAGGCAAGACGCCGUCGUCGCGCCCAACAAAAAGGAUCUACAGGGGGUUUACGGGCUAUUCAGAUGGAAGAACAAUUACCAGAUGGCACUCCGCAGCUGCGUACUAUCACCGACCGUGCUCUGGUUGAAGAAGGUUGUAUGCAAGAAAAUGCGGCACGGUACGACCAGACGCGUGCUCCAUAUAUCACUCCACCUAUGGCGGAACCCUUGUAUACAGCAUUCACCAGCGCUCAGGCUGAAGCUAAUUCCAUUGCACUAUUGGAAGGCCGCUACUCCCUGCCCGACCUUCUCGACCCCGCCACUACGGCCUUCCUUUCACAUUGCCGUUUUCACAAGGAUCAUGUACCUGUGCACCUUGAGGUGACUACCUCUGACCAUGUGUACUUCUGGUCCCGAAAUCCGGAGGACAAAGGCUCAGAACCUCAUGGCUUGCACAACGGAAACUUCAAGGCAGCGGCCCAGUCACCAGUUAUUGCCUCUUGUGAUGCCCUUUUUCGCAAUAUUCCUUUGGCAACGGGAUUUGUCCCCUCAAAUUGGCGACACUUGAUGAAUUUUGCAAUUGAGAAAAAGGCAGGCGACUUCCGGCUGUCAAAAAUGCGUACUAUUCAAUUAAUGAAUUCGGAGGCACAGGCGAACAACAAAAAAUCGGGUCGGGCGGCCAUGCGAUAUGCCGAGGAACACUCCUUGAUUCCGGAUGGUCAGUGCGGUUCUCGGAACACCAGGCCAUUGAUCUGGCCCUGUCCAAACGUCUGGUCUAUGGUGUCGCUCCAGGUAAGGUUGAUUGUGAUAUGCUGUGAUUGUUGA